AGCUUUUCUAAAAUCGUUGUCAUUAUGCAAUGCACUUUCUACAUGUAUAGUCUGUCUCAAUUUUCAUAUUUAACGAUGUUAUUACAUAUCGUUAUUGGGUAAAGCCAUCAACACAAAAAUUUAUUCUCGCUUGAAUGACAACGCGAUAUAACAUUUACUGCAGUGUUGUGAAAAAUGUGUAUAAAACUUUAAUCCAGUAGAGUACUUUAAAAGAAACCUGUCUACUUACAAAAUUCCAAUUUUCUCAACUCACCGUAUAGACUAUAGUCACCAGGAUCUAAUAAGAAUGAAAAUAUAUUGUCUUCAUCAAAGCAAAAUUGUUCCUACCUUAGAUAAACUAAAAAAGAAGUUAGAAGAAGAUAAUAAUAAUAAUAAAUUGCCUUUAUUGUUGUAUAUUGUUAUAUACAAAUAUACAGUAGAGAAGAGGCGAAGCCCAGCAAAAGCUACUAAACUUAUCUAAGCACACUACAUUUUACCAUGAAGUACUGAUCUCUUGGUCAAUAAACAUUGGCGUCCGAAUAUUUAUUUGUCAGCAAAUUUGGUAUGUUUCCGUUAUUUUGCUAUGUAAUUCAUGCGAAAUAAAAAAUAAUUUAUUACGAUAGCACAGAAAGUGCUAAAUUGAAUAUUCCAUCGACAAAGCAAAAAAAAAAAAAUUAAAUAGAUAUAAAAAUGUCUUUUUCAUCAUUUUUUACAUCGUCCGAACAUUUAGUUGACAUGGGUGACAAGACAUGGGUUAUAGAGGACUAAACCAUAGUUCAUAAUCGAAAGGACAAGUGAUUGAGCUAAAAGUUUCCGUAAACUGAAAUUCAGGACAGUUCUGUCUGUAUAAAUGGCGUAAAACCAAAUAAGACUCUUUCACCAACAAACAUCAUGGUCCACGCAUGACCAUGAUGUUUGUUGACGUGACAAAUAUAAUAUUUUAUUUAAAAAGUGUUCAAAGGCGCCCCCCUCACCCCUAGUCUGGAAGGUAUACGGAAGAAGGGAACAAAACAAUCAAUUUCACCCUAAAGAAAAAAAAUUCGAACAAUCAGAACGCCCUGUAUAGUAUCAAACGCGCUGUUGCCUCGGGCGGGCAAAUUUUAAGACGCAGUGAAUCACUAUCGAAACUUUCACAUUUUUAAGCACAUAGUUUGUUACACUUUCCGCGUAGUUUCUAUCGAGUACGCGUCCACUGUUAUCCGCCGAAAUCGAGUUUAGGCUGAAUGGGUUCGUUAGACGGCGGUUCGAAGAUACUUAAAGUCGCAGCAAAAAUGGACGAUCCCGUUCCCGACACCAAUGACGAUCUGACCGCCGACUACAGACGCAAGUUGCAAGAACUGACCCCGACGUUUCAGGAAAACCUGAUCCGGGCCUUUAGGAACGAAGCCGUGAGGACGCAGAGGCGGAAACAUUUGGUCAAGUCGGUCCACAAGCUCGAUCCCGUACUGCUGUCGCUUGACAACAAUAAGAUAGAACUGAGCGACCUGAAGUUACUAUGGCUGCCCGAUUUUCGUAUUGCCAACCUAACGGUGGACCUGCCAAACCUUUGCCUCGAUAUGGAUCUCAAGUUGGGCAACUUGAGGAUCGAGGGGGUGUACGAUGUCAACAACUUGAUGCUGCAGAAGUUCCUUCCGGUCUCACAUAACGGAAAAGUGGUGGUAACUUUCUCUGACGUCACGACGAAGGGGCGGGUCGGUUUGCAUAUACAGGGCGACUCGUUCGUACCCGCCAACUAUGACCUCGCGUACCAAUGGACCGCGACCGAAGUAAGCGUGAACUAUUACGUGAGCAACGAGACCCAGAUCGAGAACGCGAUCACCUCCAGUGGCGGAGAGCAGACUUUGGGUGACACGAUAUGGCUCCAACUUAACGACCUGCUCACCAGCUUGCUCGACGAGCAAUUGGCCGGGGUAGUCGUCGGAUUUUCAGUCACCGAGUCAUUGGCAGACGAGGACCAAGACCUUAGGAAAUGGGCACAGCAAGCCGCCUCAAAAGCAAACCGCGUUUUUGACACCCUACUGUGUUCCGCGAAAGACUACUUAGUGGCAAAAAACUAUUGGGCGAUCGAGACACCCCCAUUCGACGUCGUUUACAGGGGCAAACCGGCCAGUUUGGAUCAGGGCAUAUUCCAGACCGGCAAGGGCUACCUGCAGGACCUUUCGAGCCUUAGCCGCCUGCAGGAUUUGAGUUUAUACGAAACCGAGCAACAGGCCGUGGUUUACGGCAGCUUGAAGCUGCGCGACUUCAAACACGGUUACGAAAUCUUCAGCAGCAAGUUCGAGGGCACGGAAGUGAGCGGCAGUAUCAGGACCUCCGUAUACAAAAACGGGAUUUUUAUUAAAUUGUCGUGCGACAAAACCGAUCUCGCUCCCGUCAAGCUCGAGGCUGUUUCCGUGAGAACGAUAGGUGACGUCGACGUAGACGCGUCCGGACUCGCUUCUCUCAGUUGGCUGGUGCCGAAAGUCACUUCAUGGACGGUCGGCAAUCUUCGCUGCAAGGCUGUUCCCGUGUUGGAGAAGCACAUCGUUGAGGCGUUCAAUUACGCAAUCGAAGCUCGACAAAGCCGGAAAAGCGCGAGCGCUGACGAGGACAGCGCCAUGUUUUGGAAGGGCAUGUUCGUGGCGCAUUAGACUUUUAAGUUUUUGCAUUUUUGUUUCGAUAUCGGGUCAAUAAAAACUGGUUUCG